UCUUCGGCUUUGUCUUUAUCGGAAGCCAUUCGAAGUGACGCUUCCCAGUGUCUGAUUGAGUUUCUCCGUCAUAUCUCAAGUUAUCACAAUCGCUGCCAACAAACCAGCCAACCUGCAGCCCCUGUAUUUAGUCCUGGCGGAACGUUUUCCAAUCAGACAAGUUCAAGUAGCAGCGAAAAAGCUAUUGCAACCGCCCGCUUGCUAGCUAUAAUGGCGAAUACACAAUCUUCUGGGCCUUCCACUUCUUCGCUCUCAACCGUUCAUAGCCUUUCUGCUACUGGGAGUGCUACUUCUGGCACAACUGGUGGCUCACCUAUGAGCUCAACAAGUGCCAUUACAUCUGAUGUAAUUCUAUUACAAUUUUCUAUCAAUGCGCCAAUGUAUUUGAUCGCUAUGGAUCAAAUCGCUGAGUGA